AGCCUGAACGCGCAGCGACACAGCGGAGAAGAACCAGCCGAUGGCUCCAUGAAGCUGCUCUCGCCGGCGCCUCCCGUGUGCGUGGACGCCCGUUAUUUGGGGGGGUAGUUAUGCUCACCGUGAAAAGACCUAAUUUGUGGAAAGACCUGAAAUGUGUAGAUAUUGUGAAAAUUACUUAUCUUGACUUAUAAAUUACUCAUUUUGAUUUAUAAGAGGUACAGUGCGGCAUUAUGUAAAACAGGAUUACAAGUUGUAAAUUCAUAAAAGGGAAUUGAUAAUAACGUGGAGUGUAAUACGGUGAUGUUGAAAUAUAUGCUAAUGUGUUCGUCAUUGUGAAAUAUCCGUUUUGCUUCCGUGAAAGGCAGGAAAUAACGAUCGGAACGAAAGCGAAAAUGUGCUGGUGGUGAGGUUAGAAAAAAAAUGGCGGGCCACCUUCCACGAAGACAGCUCGGCGAGUGAGUAAUGGCGUCUGUGUGACCGGCCCGUGCUCGUGAGUGGCGAACAUGACGAGUCUCCUCCACCACGCGAUCCCGUACGUGCUUCUCCUGGCCAUCAUCAACUCCCACACGCAUAUAAGGGCCGUGUCCUCCGUGCUGGGCCUCGGCGCCGACCUGCUGUGCUCGCGCGUGCCCGGGAUCACGCCCAGCCAGCGCCGCAUCUGCAGCAGGGCGCCCGACGCCAUCGUGGCCAUCAGCGAGGGCGCUCGCAAGGGCAUCGCCGAGUGCCAGAGCCAGUUCAGGAACCGCCGCUGGAACUGCUCGCUCCAGGCCAGCGCCGGCAGCGUCUUCGGCUACGUCGUCCUCCUGGGCAGUCGCGAGGCGGCCUUCACCUACGCCCUCCUGAGCGCCGGCGUCGCCUACAGCGUGACGGCGUCCUGCGCUCGCGGCAACAUCUCCACCUGCGGCUGCGACGACCGCAAGCGGGGCCGUUACAGCGCCUCGGGGUGGAAGUGGGGCGGCUGCAGCGCCGAUAUAAAAUACGGAAUAAAAUUCGCGCGCAAGUUCGUGGACGCGCGGGAGGUGGAGGGCGACGCGCGGGCGCUCAUGAACCUGCACAACAACAAGGCCGGACGGAGA